CCUGAAUUUUGUUCAACUCUCCCUGGACCACUUCCGGUUGCCGGCCCGCGCCUCGUAACUUCGGUCCGGGUGACCUCGGCCCGGGAUGCCCCUCGGCUCGCCCCAGGCUCACGUCCCGAUCCUGGCUUGAGUGGUCCGGGUGGGGGACCUGGAAGUUUUAGCCUCGCUGCUCUCGAGGCGGAUUAAUUAGCCCAAGAAACAUUAUAUUCAUUUUUCUGGAUAUGCCACAGAAGGAUCCGUGCCAGAAACAAGCCUGUGAAAUACAGAAAUGUUUACAAGCCAACAACUACAUGGAAUCUAAGUGUCAGGCUGUCAUCCACGAACUGCUUAAGUGUUGUGCUCGAUAUCCCAAGGGAAGAUCUCUGGUCUGUUCAGGAUUUGAAGACGAAGAAAAGCUGACACUGAAGUACACAUCAAAGUCAAGUUCGCUGAGAAGUUAAAUGCUGCACCACAUUUUCACGAAGCAAGUUUUAUUUGUCCUCCUGACUCUCCUUAAGGCCAGGUAGCAGCAAACAGCAAAUGAAGUCAACUAUAAAAGUUAAAGAAUAUGCCAUCUAUGCAGAACAGAAUAUAAAUAUAAAUAUAUUAAAUAUGUAGAAUGUAAUAAAACUGAGCUGCUAAAAUAAACCUGGUAGGUGAAAAA